AUGUAUUUGAACACCAAUCAACUGUGGGCUCCCUAUCCAAGGAAGGUCAAAUGUGCAAUGGAAGCAUGUCUGAGCGUGCUAUAUAAUUCUUCGCUCGUCUCCAUUGUGCGAGUACGAUGGGAAGGUUUAUACCUCACUUGUGAACGAGAGACGCUAUAUUUCACACGUCCUAGCAUCCUCAGAGUCCUAGAUAGCAAACGUUGUCCGCACAUGGGAUCCUGCACCGGACAGAAGUGCGCCGAUGUUAACAGUUCGUCUCUCAUUCCUGAACUGGGAACAGCUAAUCGUUUUCCAGGCCGCACAGGUUGUUUCGAAUCAUGUGGUGGUUUUGGCUGCGACUGUUUCUACCUCAGUUCAGGUUGCUUGUUUUACAGGAUUUAUGCAGUUCCGACAACAUCCACGGUUUACGAAGUGUUCCGCUGUAUGCGAUGGUCACAGCAAGUGAAGCUGACUCUCACGCUAGAAAAUUUCCGUCAUGAGAGGGGACAACAGCAGCAUGAGCUCAUGGUGAAGCCGAAUAUACCAGUAGAGCUCCCAUCAAUACGGCUCACCUUGACCUCCAUAAGCCUCCCCCCGACACCGUUACUCCACAACAUCAAUAUGGCGGAACGACAAAAUACCAAACCUCAUUUGUUCUUCCAGCUAGACGCUCUCAAAACGAAUUGCUCGCUAGCAGACGACUGUCGCUGCGCGGCUGCCGAGAGCAAAGUCGUAUGUGAAUGUCCCACCAUCGACAUUGAGGAAGAGUUCAACCAUCUCGAGGCAAAGCUCCCGAUAAAAACUGCCACCUGGGAGCUCGAAACGACCAAGAAGAACAUGGUUAUCGCGAAGAUACCUGAUAUGGUAUCAGCUGACUUAUCCAUAAACUUUCACUCCACCCUAGACACCAUAUCCUUGCUGAUUUACAACGACCAAUGCUCCGUAGAAAAUGCAGAGCUUCACGGAUGCUAUCGCUGUUCACAAGGAGCACAAGCAAAGAUACGAUGCACGUCGGAUAAAGAUACACUGGGUGAGAUUCUUUGCGACCAAGAGUCGUUUGUCGUACCAUGUUCACAACAGUCACCAGAAUCUCUGUUACGAUUCAACUUCGAUUCCGCUCGACAGUUCCUUAACUGUUCGAUAUCAUGUGGAUCCGUUACCAACCACUUCGUGCUCGCGGGAGUUCUCAAGUACACCGGCACAAUUCCAUGGCCUUUGCAGCCAUGCUUAAAGGGAACAUGGCCGGAUUUCAGCCAUGUAGCAGAUGUCAUCUUUGGCUGGUAUAAAACGCUACUAAUUGGCAUAGUGGAUACUAGGACUAGCUUUGCUGCUGUCCUAUCUCUAUUUACCGACAAUAGGGCUUCGUAUAGGGCGCUUGCUGAUUAA